AUUUCUGCAUAUCAAAUUAAUUAACUUUCCUUCCAUAUGGCAAAAGACCAAAUUACUAGUAAUUCCAUCAAUAUUCCACCAUUUUCACUUGUGAAGAAAGAUGUUGAGCUCGUUAAGCCCUCAAAACCUACACCUUCAGAAAUUCUUUCUUUCUCCUCCAUUGACAAUCUCAUUGGCCUUGAGACCCUCACUCCAACCAUCUUCGUCUACCAACCAAUUAACUCUUAUAAAUCACACCCGUCUGAUCAUGAUCAUGAAAACAUCAAUAAUAAUAAUAAUGACCAUCAUGAUGAUCAGCUGCAGGACCCAGCUGAAGUGAUCAAAGAAGCGCUUUCCAAUGCUCUUGUUUACUACUACCCUCUAGCAGGAAGGCUCAAACGACAACAAGACGACGGAAGGCUCAGGCUCACUUGCAACGCAAACGGCGUGCCAUUUUUGGUCGCGACGGCGGACUGUUCUCUCUCGUCUUUAAAUUACUUUGACGGAAUUGACAUCGAGAUCGCUAAGGAAUUCAUCUUUGCUUCUCCGCCGAGUGACUGCCCUUUAGUUUUUCAGGUCACGAAAUUCUUGUGCGGGGGCUUUGCUAUCGGGUUUGAAAUGUCACACUCAGUCUGCGAUGGGUUCGGGGCAACCCAAUUCUUUCGGGCAGUAGCCGAGCUUUCGCGGGGUCAAACCGAGCCAACGGUGAAGCCCGUUUGGGAGAGGGAGAGACUUGUAGGGGAACCCAUCAAUGGUCCUCUCCCAUUCCUUGUAGACAAGGGUAGUCUUGCCAUUUCGCCUUACUUGUCAACUUCCGAGAUUGUGCACGAGUGCCUCUCCAUCAAAAGCGAGGGCGUGAAAAGACUGAAAGAGGCCAGCUCUACUGGUUCUAAUUCCAAUUUCACAACAAUUGAGAUAGUUGGUGCUUUUGUUUGGAGAGCAAGAUUCAGAGCUUUAAAGCUAAACCCAGAUGGCAAAACGACUUUCUUCUUGACCACGGGGGUAAGGAAGUUUCUGGACCCUCCAUUGCCAGAAGGGUAUUAUGGGAAUGCAUUUUUAUCAUCAACCGCUGAGUUGAUGGGGAAGGACCUGAACGAACAACCGCUUAUUGAAACUGCGAAGCUGAUAAAGGAGUGUAAAAAAGUAGUGUUUGAUAAGGACUUUAUUAAGAAAUCAAUAGACACUUUCGAGACGUUAAUUAGUCAGAACAUGAAUGUGAAGAUAGAGGCAAGUGGUGCAACUACGGUGUUGACGGAUUGGAGGAACUUGGGGUUAAUGGAGGAGAUAGGGUUUGCGUGGAAACCGGUGAACAUAACGGCGUUGCCGUGGAAUAUGUUUGGUUACGUGGAUUUGUGCUUCCUUUUGCCGCCGGCGAAGUCGGAUGGCUCUUCAGCGAGAGGCGGGGCUCGGAUAUUGGUCUCCCUCCCUAGGCCUGCCAUGGCCAAGUUCAAGGAAGAGAUGGCACCUCUUAUUAGUUAAGUAUGGAGAUGAUGUUUGAUCUUUCUUUCUUAAUUAGUUCACUUUUCUAAUAAUCUCCUUUUAUUGCUUUGACUUAAAGCUGAAUUACUGCUUCACGAGUAAUAAAUAUGAGGAACUCUGUGUUCUGUGUGUGUGUGUGAGUGAAAA